AUGCACCUGGCGGAGACCGACGAGCAGGCGAUGGAAGAGUUUCUGCCGGCCCAGCAUGAGGCCUGGGCCAACAUGCAGCACUACCGCACGACGUGGAAUCCACCACAAUACUCGAUGGACCGGCAGCCGCCGCCCAUGGGACGGGAAGGUUAUGCCGACAGGCCGGACCCGGACGGGGCUGAGAUCAUCGUGGGCAGCCCGGGGCGGGUGUCGGAGCACCUGGAGCAAAUGCGGGACGCCGGUAUCCGCAACCUGAUGCUGACCAACCGGGGGCUGGUGUCGGCGGAGAAGACGGCGAAGUCGCUGCGGCUGUUGAGUGAAGGGGUGAUGCCGAAGUUUCGGGGAUAG